AAUUCAGUUGCAAUUUUGUCUUAGCUUAAAAAUGUUGAGUGUUAGGCAUAAUUUCACAUUGACGACCUUGUUUGGUCUAGGGCUUUUGCUGUUUUGCCAACAAUGUCGGGCCGUUCCGAUGCGUAUUUAUAAUGGCAUCGAUACCGAUAUUACCAAUGCCCGAUUUAUGGCCCAGGUGAAAACUCGUAGAGGUGGUUCAUUUGAAUGUGGUGCUGCAAUUGUGUCCAAGAAAUUUGUCAUCUCUGCUGCCCACUGCUACGAUAACAGUGAACCGGAUUACUAUAAGGUCGUGGUGGGAGAAGAUGAGCUGGAGAGGCAAAAUUCGCUUAAUAAAACCUAUCCCGGCCCGACACCAAAAACCUUCCGAGUUGUGGACAUCAUUACCCAUCCAAAAUAUCGUGAAGGUAAAUUGGAUUAUGAUGUUGCCAUGCUGGAGCUGGAUGGCGAAAUUGAAUUCGAUCGCCUGUACAUCGACAAGGUGAAAUUGUGUGAAAAACCACCAAAGGCUGGGGAGAAAAUGAUCGUUUAUGGCUGGGGUAAUACACGCGAUGUGACCGAUGAGGAGAGUGGCACAAGUUAUUCGAACAAGUUGCAACGCAUUGAUUCGCCUGUUAUGCCACAGCCAAAGUGUGAAGAGAUCCAUGUUCGUGAAAAUCGUCCCAUUACCCAUACAAUGUUCUGUGCCGUUGUCGAGGAUGGUAAGGAUGCGUGCCAAGGUGAUUCCGGUGGUCCUGCCAUCCUGAAUGGUGCCCUCUGUGGCAUUGUUUCGUGGGGUAUCGGCUGCGGCAGCGAUGAUCAUGCUGGUGUCUACACCAGUGUUAUGUCUGUCAAGAGGUUCAUUACAAACACAAUAAAGAAAGGUUAAAA